AUGGGGGAGAUGGAGCAGCUGCGGCAGGAAGCGGAACAGCUCAAGAAACAGAUUGCAGAUGCCAGGAAGGCCUGUGCUGACAUCACUCUGGCAGAGCUUGUGUCUGGCCUAGAAGUCGUGGGACGAGUCCAGAUGCGGACGAGACGGACGCUGAGGGGACACCUGGCCAAGAUCUAUGCCAUGCACUGGGCCACCGACUCCAAGUUGCUAGUAAGUGCCUCGCAAGAUGGGAAGCUGAUCGUGUGGGACACCUACACCACCAACAAGGUACACGCCAUUCCUCUGCGCUCCUCCUGGGUCAUGACCUGUGCCUACGCCCCAUCAGGGAACUUUGUGGCAUGUGGGGGGCUGGACAACAUGUGUUCCAUCUACAGCCUCAAAUCCCGUGAGGGCAAUGUCAAGGUCAGCCGGGAACUCUCUGGUCAUACAGGUUAUCUCUCCUGCUGCCGCUUUCUGGACGACAACAACAUUGUGACCAGCUCCGGGGACACCACGUGUGCUCUGUGGGAUAUUGAGACCGGGCAACAGAAGACUGUGUUUGUGGGACACACAGGGGACUGCAUGAGCCUGGCUGUGUCUCCCGACUUCAAACUCUUCAUUUCGGGGGCCUGCGAUGCCAGCGCCAAGCUCUGGGACGUGCGGGAGGGGACUUGCCGGCAGACGUUCACGGGCCAUGAGUCGGACAUCAACGCCAUCUGUUUCUUCCCCAGUGGAGAGGCCAUCUGCACGGGCUCAGACGACGCCUCCUGCCGCCUGUUUGACCUGCGGGCAGACCAGGAGCUGACGGUCUACUCCCACGAGAGCAUCAUCUGCGGCAUCACGUCCGUGGCCUUCUCCCUCAGCGGCCGCCUGCUCUUCGCAGGCUAUGACGACUUCAACUGCAACGUCUGGGACUCCAUGAAGGGCGAGCGAGUGGGCAUCCUCUCUGGGCAUGACAACAGGGUCAGCUGCCUGGGGGUCACAGCUGAUGGGAUGGCGGUGGCCACUGGCUCCUGGGACAGCUUCCUUAAAAUCUGGAACUGAGAAGGCUGGAGGAGGGGAGGUAAAAGGCCACGAAGACACUCAGCUGCCCCUUGCUCCGCUCAAUUUCUUUAAGGUUCCUUAAAGGCGUUCUCUUCUACACCCCAGCUGCCACUCCCACAAGCUUUCUCCUUCGAGAGCCGAGGGGAA